UCAGCCCGCAGACCUAGGCUCAGUGCCUCCCUCGGCCUGUGAAUGGCGACGAGCAAUGCAGUGUACUGCACGACUGCGGACCGCCCUACACCACUUUCCUUGUGCUUGAGUGGAUAUAAGUGAUUACGUUCCUACGUUGCUGCGGUAUUUAACCCGCGCUGUGCUCUCCCGGUAAAGCACUCACAAGUCUCAUUCUUGUGUUUGUUCCUGACAAACCUACGAACCAGAAGCUAUCAGCUGAAGAGUAUCAAACAGAAUUUGUCUCUUCCCAGUCAACCCGUGACUCUCUGGGCCGCAUCCAAAAGCAACAGUUCACCAAAAGCCCAAACGCGAUUGCUCAGUUUCCCAAAGCAGCAAUAACAUCCAUCUUUUGACCAAAGCAACACAUCCUCGUCAUGGCCGCUACUGCCAACAAGACCCCUGUCACCACCAACAUCGAGUGGCUGAACCGCGCUUACUCCGCCAAGGGAAAGAACGACCUGCGCUCACUCUACGAUGAGUGGGCUGCUUCGUAUGAUACAGACCUUGUACAGCCCAACCAGGACUACGUCGCCCCUACCCUAGCUGCCGCUACGUUGGCGAAGCACCUCGGCCCUGAGCAACCACUCGACAAGAUACAGAUCCUCGACGCCGGCUGUGGCACAGGCCUCGUCGGUGCUGCCCUGUCAAAACUUGGUGCCAAGCACAUCAGCGGCAUCGAUCUUUCCCCUGGUAUGUUGAAGGUCGCUGGUAACCUUCACGUCUACACAAAUCUUGACACUACCGACCUGUCUAAGCCCCUCGAAGAGGGCACAGACACCUUCGAUGCCGUAACGUGCAUCGGCACCCUUACACAUGCCCAUGUAGGCCCCGAGGUACUAUCUGAAUUCGUCCGUGUUACGAAGAAGGACGGCUGGAUCGUGGCUACUGUCCUGGAUGACAUCUGGGAGGAGAUCGGCUACCGUGAUGAGAUUGACAAGUUGGUUGCGAAUGGGAAGGUAAAGCUUGUCAGCGCUGAUUCAGGGGAUUACCGCCGCGGAGCUGGCGUUAGCGCGCGCAUGGUUGUUCUCAAUGUCAUCGCUUGAGUGCAGCAGAGGCUUGUCGUGCAUUAUUAAAACGUUUUCUCGUGUUUAGGCCAUCAGUCCACAGUGGCUUACAAUAAGAAAUGAACCUUUUGUCGCUAUGGGAUGUCAGGAUAGGCUAUUGAAUUAUGACUUCAUUCCAGA